GAGGGGCACACUGAUUGGGUUUGCUCAGUCUCUUUCUCGCCGGAUGGAACUCGCGUCGCGACUGGUUCUGGAGAUAAUACUAUACGGCUGUGGGAUGUAGGGACAGGUGUCGUUCUCUCCGGAUGGGACUUGCAUUGUUUCUGGUUCGGCCGAUCUCACAAUCCUGCUGUGGGACAUAGCAACGCGAAAGCCAGUUGGCGAGCCAUUGGAAGGGCACACUCGUUGGGUUAGGUCUGUCUCAUUCUCUCAUGAUGGGACUCGCAUUGUCUCUGGUUCGGACGACAUGACUGUCCGGCUGUGGGAUACAGGAACAGGGAAGCCAAUCAGUCAGCCCUUGUUGGGGCACACUGAUGGGGUCACCUCAGUCUCUUUCUCGCAAAAUGGGACUCACAUCAUUUCUUGUUCAUAUGAUGGGACUGUCCGUGUGUGGCACACAGUGAUUGGGAAGUCAAAGGACCAUGCCGAAGAAGAUUGUUCAUCAUCCUCCUCGCACGGCAGUUGCAUCCCACAUCCAACAGCAGCCAUCCCCACACCUCAUACCACCAACGAUGACCUAAUUUCCUUCUCAUCGAACCCGAAACAUGUACUGUGCGAUACUGCCGAGCUUCUGGCAGGCACCCACCAUGAAGAUCACACAUUUGUGCUUGGAGGCGAUGGAUGGGUGUCAGGACCAAAUGAUCAGCUCUUAUUCUGGGUGCCGCCCGCUUCUCGAGACUCGUUUUAUAAUCCUCGGACUGCAUUAGUGAUACCCAGAGGUGUUGAGCUUGAUCUGAGUCUCAUGGCGCAUGGGACACACUGGCAGCACUGCCGCAAGGACUCUCGAUUAUGAUGAAAUUAAUGUGUGCAGAUGCCAGAUACUCUUUGUUGAGUACGAUAUGCAGUGUCCAGUUAGUCCAUCGUCUAUUAUGCAUACGUAGCACUGCAUUUGAGGCAGUUUGAGCGAACAACACGUUCGAAGGGUCGUGACUGAGUGAUAGAUUUUUAAGAGCAUG